AUCGCACCUCGAACUCCAGCUCUUAUUGAUGCGUUUGCUGCGUAGCGAACGCAUCACUCUCUCUUUCUGGGUUGCUGUAGUUCUGGGUUAAACGCACCAGCUUCAUCUUCACUUUUAACAGUCGGAUUCAAUUUUCUACUCGUAUGCCUCUCUUUGACAAUCACCAAACCGCAGCAACGAUGACGGAGGCGGAGGCGUUGGAGAAGGAGCACAAGUCGAGCAAUGUAAAUGGUUUUACAGAGGCCAGCACAGAAGACAUGUUUGAUCACACAUACAAAGAGAAAGAAGGCCACAAACCUCCCAUGGUCAUCGUAUGGAGAAAUGUCUUUUUGAUGACUCUAUUGCAUAUAGGUGCCGUGUACAGCCUGUUCCUCAUUCCUACAGCAUCACAUUUGACCUUGCUUUGGUCUGCACUUUGUUUUUUGAUAAGUGCUUUGGGAAUUACUGCAGGAGCUCAUCGCCUGUGGAGUCACAGAUCCUACAAGGCAACAUUACCUCUUAGGAUCUUUCUUGGUGCUGCAAACUCAAUGGCAUUUCAGAAUGAUAUCUUUGAGUGGGCUCGAGAUCACAGGGUUCACCACAAAUAUUCAGAGACAGAUGCUGACCCUCACAACGCCCGCAGAGGCUUCUUCUUUGCUCACAUUGGCUGGCUGUUGGUACGCAAACACCCUGAUGUCAUUGAAAAAGGACGCAAGCUGGAAAUCAGUGACCUAAAGGCCGACAAAGUUGUAAUGUUUCAACGGAAGUAUUACAAGCCAUCUGUGCUGCUCAUGUGCUUCUUCAUCCCCAUGUUUGUGCCUUGGUACCUGUGGGGGGAGUCUCUGUGGGUGGCGUACUUCAUCCCCGCUCUGCUGAGGUACACCUUGGUACUGAACGCCGCCUGGUUGGUCAACAGCGCAGCUCACAUGUGGGGGAACCGGCCCUAUGACAAGAACAUCAACCCCAGGGAGAACAAGUUUGUCACGUUCAGCGCUAUAGGCGAGGGAUUUCACAACUAUCACCACACGUUCCCCUUUGACUAUGCAACCAGCGAGUUUGGCUGCAAGUUGAACAUUACCACUUGUUUCAUCGACGCCAUGUGCUUCUUGGGUCUGGCCACGGACUGCAAGAGAGGGUCCCGUGAGCUGGUCCAGGCCCGAGUACAGCGUACCGGAGAUGGAAGCCACCGAUGCGGCUAAGAUUGAUGAAUUGAUGAAUAAAAGGCAAAACAACAGAGGAGAAGAAGCUUCACAGUCCUCUGACAGCUAUACAUUCUUCAUCCUCUGAGGAUAAAAGUCAUCUUCAUGAGAGCCUUGACCACAUUUAGCUUGUUUUUGUGUUUUUUUCGUAGCUGUAGCUAAUCAAGAUGGAUUUAAAAAAACACAUUUUGCUAAGCUCUUGGCCUUGGUUUCUAUUGUUCAGGCAGGCCAAGGUCUUGCAAAGAUGUUUUAGAUUUGAAGUAGAUCAAUUUUAAAAGUCCACUUCAUUCUCCACUGUUUUUGCCACUUUGGUGUGCAUUCUUCAUGAAAGGUCAGUCAUGUAGCCGAUUUUUUUUAUGUAAGUAUUACUCAAUUAUUAAUCAAUAUAGACAAGAAGCAGAGCACUGAAAAUAUGGAGUAACAAUGUUUCAAUGGAUGAGGUAGGAUACUGAUUGGAGACUGACUUGUCUUUAUUGCUGUUCACAGCAAGUUAUUACCGUUUCAAUGUACAGUAAAUUAACUUUUUGAGCGCUUUAAGAUCUGAAAAAAAGGGAUGAGAGUUUGAAUCAUGAUUUGUUAAAAAGCUGCUGGCUUUAAUGAAAUAUGGCACAUGGUGGAAGAGUGAGGGAACCCAGACCUUCUUCUAACGUAUAACCUGACUUUACUGACAACAGAGUAAUGCAGUGUGUAACUUAGGAAAUAUGUAGAAAAGGCAACGAUUAUCACAUACUAUAUGUCUGUGUAGUGAAUGGAUCAAGUGUUCUCAAGACAAUAUAAGUGAUGCAUUUAUCAUUAAAUUAAAACUGCCGUUAAAUAUUAACAGGAAACGAUAAAUGUAAUUUUAACUGCAAUGUUUAAUCAACUUUUUUGUGUUUUUAAUGAACAUUUCAUAGUGCCAAGAGCGUGCCAAUUGUCGACAUAUUUAUAACCAUCUUAAUGGUCCACUAGAGCACACAGUCGAUAUUGCUUCUUCACUCAACAUCAUUAUGGAAGUUUUUUAACAUCAGUGGCUUUUAUUCCUCUUUUAUCCAACUUGUCCCUGAAUAUUCCAGAAACGUCUGCAGCAGCGAUCUCAUUGGUCAAUGUAGCAGCCGGUCGUGUGACAGUUCUGGUUUUACAAAACAACGUGCCACCCAUGCAUGAUGAUAUACUGUAGUCAGUGUUGUAGUGAGGUGUUUUAUCGGUGAUUCUAAUGACAGAACUGUGUCUAUUUUUGUAACGUACUGUGGAUGUGCAUCGCUUUUUGGAUCAUCAGAACUGUUGUCGUGGUGAUUUCUGAGAUGGGGUCUGGUUUCCCUUUGAUGUCCUACAAAGCUUAUUGUCAUUGCUAAAUUCCAGGUGCAUCGAUGUUUAUGCUCACCUUCAAUUCUGGUGUGCGGAAUGCUUAUAUUAUCUUAUUUAUGUAUUUAUUUGUUUUGUUUUUCUAAUUGACUAAAAAAAAGGUUGCUCUGACCUAAACCAGAUUUCUGCACUCCAAGAUUUGGCAGUAAAAUAUAUCAAAUUGGAGAACUUGUUUAUUUUUUCCCAAGAGUCAGGAUAAAACCUAAUGCCUUAUGACUUGCAUCCAUUCCUGAUCUUCUUCACGUCCCGCCAGUGAAGAUAAAAUGCUCAAAACAAAUCUGACCAAGGUCCAUGUUUACAGGCUGAAGCACCAGGUGGAACAUUGUUUUUUCUUCUUCUAAAAUCACAUUUAGCAUGACAACAUCAAGGUGAUGUAAAUGCAGAAAGAGGAUGGAGGUUGAUAGUCAAAGAAUCUGAUACAAAUUAAAACGCCUGGUGCAAAUGUUCAAACGUCAGAUUUGACUUGCAAAAUGUGGGCCCAGAUGUGCCAACAUAGUUUCAACCCAUCUCAGUAAGAAAACCUCCAAACAAAUGUGCUGUCAAUGAGGGAUGUUAGAGCAUCAUUAGAGCACUUACCAAAACCUGACAAUAUCAAAAGCAAACAUGCAAACAACUCCUGCUCCCCAGAGCGCCAAAAUCAACAUUUUCCUAAUGAUGAGGAGAAUCAAAAGGUGGUCUGAAUGAUAAUGUCAAAUCUCAACUGUAUUCUAAUAUGAAAUUAAAACACAAUUUUGUCAAUACACGUAAUUCCAUUAACAGUUGUUGCUCUUCUUUUUUCUUUUUUUUUUUUUUUUUCUUUGUGUCUCUGAUAUAAAUCUGCACUGCAUAGUCUUUGGAUUUUCAGAAAAUUGCUGACUGGUAGCUAAACCUGUCAACAUUUAUGCCAGAUUGUGGUUGUUUUGUUUUUUUGUAAUUCCACUAAUAGGCUUUGUUUACACACAGCCACAGCUUUUAAAUUAGUUUUUUUUUUGUUGGAUUUUGGUGCAAAUUUAAAGACAUUUCUAAAAUCUGGAUCUUGCUUGUAAUUUCAGAGUUCUUAGUUUGGGUCUCUUUAUGUUAGCUUUCAUGGCAGGUCUGCCGUAAGUGAAGCAGAUGAUCCAGCUGCAUUAUUAGUGAUGUAUUAAAGUCGUUAAAAACAGCUCAAUUUUUGACAAUUUAUAACAAACGCUGCUUACACAUCCAUUCAUCACGUUUAAUAUUUAACUAACAUAAUAUAUAUAUAUAUAUAUAUAUAUAAGAAUAUAACCUAAAGUAUGAGUACUUUUACUUUUGAUACCUAAGAAUAUCUAAGUAACCUACCUUUUUGAAUGCAGAGCCUUUACUUGUAAUGACGUAUUUUUUACAUGGUGGCAUGUUAUUUACUCAAGUAAAUAACUUGAAUACUUCAACCACCACUGUUAUUUGUGUGAGGAUUCAAAGGAUGGCAAUCUGCAGUUUUCUGGUAAUAAUCCAACUCGGACUUGUCAGGGGAUUUUCUGUUCUCUGGCUUGUUUUUGGCCUUCUGUGGUAAAUAACUCAACACAUCUGGUUUUCUGCUGACAUUAGAGUGCAAUUCAAAUAUAUUCCAACUAUUUAAUACUGCAGUUCUUAGUUCUCGCCUGCAGAUGAAAUAAGUGCUCUCAAAAUGUGUCAAAUAGUUUACACAGGGCAGAGGAAUGUAGGAACAGUGUGCUGACCAGAGACCAGUUAAUAUUACAUCUGACUUUUUUUAGGUUGAGGAGUGUUCAAUGUUCCCCAGUGCUGAAACAAUUUGUUGAUUACAUAAUUGUGAUUUGAAUAUCUUGUUUUGCAUUUCAUUCUGGGAAUUUUUCACUUGUUUCUGACAGUUAGUCGAUUCAUUGUAACAUCUUAAUCAAUAAUAAAAAAAAUAAUUGUUUGCAGCCCUCA